GGGUCUCUUGUCCCAUGUGCUAAAAUAUUACAUUUUCUCUCCAACAUAAACCUCUCAUAGUUUUCUCACAAAACAAAACACAAAAAAUUAUGUUGUUGUUACCUUCUUCUUCUCUUCGUUUAUUCUUCUUUCUCUUCCUCUUGUUCUCUGCUUGUUUCUUGCAGACUAGAGCCGCUGAUGAUGACGAUGAUAUAAGCGGUGAUGGUAUUAAAGUAGACCCGAGUCUCAAGUUCGAAAACCCGAGUCUUCGACAAGCCUACAUUGCUCUUCAAUCAUGGAAACAAGCUAUUUUCUCUGAUCCUUUUAACUUCACUGCUAAUUGGAAUGGCUCUGAUGUUUGUUCCUACAACGGUAUCUUCUGUGCUCCUUCUCCUUCUAGUCCGAAAACCCGAGUUGUUGCGGGUAUUGAUCUUAACCAUGCGGAUAUGGCUGGCUACUUACCUCGUGAGCUUGGUCUUCUCACUGAUCUUGCUCUAUUCCAUCUCAACUCAAACCGUUUCUGUGGAGAAGUUCCCAUCACGUUUAAAAACAUGAAGCUUCUCUUCGAGCUUGAUUUGAGUAACAACCGUUUUGUUGGGAAGUUCCCUACCGUUGUCCUGUCUUUGCCUUCUCUCAAGUUCUUGGAUCUCCGUUACAACGAGUUUGAAGGUGUUAUCCCGGCUAAGCUUUUCGAUAAAGAGCUUGACGCGAUAUUCUUGAACCAUAACAGGUUUAGGUUCGGAAUACCCGAAAACAUGGGAAACUCUCCUGUUUCUGCAUUGGUUCUUGCUGAUAACGAUCUUGGAGGUUGCAUACCUGGUAGUAUCGGUUUAAUGGGAAAGACUCUUAACGAGAUCAUCCUCUCUAACGAUAACUUAACUGGUUGCUUACCACCACAGAUCGGAAAUCUCAAGAAUGUGACUGUUUUCGACAUCAGUUUCAAUCGCUUAAGCGGUCCAUUACCAUCAACCAUUGGAAACAUGAGGAGUUUGGAACAGCUCAACGUUGCUAACAAUAGAUUCACAGGAGUUAUCCCAAGCAGCAUUUGCCAGCUUUCUAACCUUGAGAACUUCACUUACUCUUCCAACUUCUUCACCGGUGAUGCCCCGAGAUGCGCGGCUCUUUCCGGAGACAAUGUUGCGGUUAAUGGCUCGAUGAAUUGUAUUGCUGGUAAAGAACGUCAAAGAUCGUCUAAAGAGUGUUCUUCUCCAGCUUCACGCCCGGUUGAUUGUAGCAAAUUUGGAUGCAACAACUUCUUUUUGCCUCCACCACCGUCUUUUAGAAUGUCACCCACCGUCCGAGUACUUCCUCCUCCGGCAACACCGCCUCCGUCUUCAAGAAUGUCGCCUACUUUUAGAGCAACUCCGCCACCACCUUCUUUUAAGAUGUCGCCUACUUUUAGAGCAACUCCGCCACCGCCUUCUUCUAAAAUGUCGCCUUCUGUCAAGACGUAUCCUCCUCCGCCACCGCUAAAAUAUGAGCCAUCUUCACCUCCUCCUCCUUCUUCCGAUAUGUCGCCUACCGUUAGAGCAUACCCUCCUCCACCACCAUCAUCUCCUCCCCCACCAUACAUUUACUCACCUCCUCCACCCCCGUCACCAUCUCCUCCUCCGCCAUACAUCUACUCAUCUCCUCCACCACCGCCGCCUGUAGUUAACUGCCCACCCACAACACAAAGUCCCCCGCCGCCACCGCCUCCAGAAUAUGAGCCAACUCCUUCACCAAGGGAAUACUAUCCAUCACCUUCACCGCCUUACUACCAAUACACGCCUUCUCCGCCACCGUCACCACCGGCUACUUACUACGCCGCACUAUCUCCACCACCACCGGUCUACUACACACCGGUUACACAAUCUCCUCCUCCUCCGCCGGUUUACUAUUCACCUGUCAACCAAAGUCCUCCGCCGCCGCCACCAGUGUACUAUACCCCGGUAACACCAAGUCCACCACCAGUUUACUACUCUCCGGUAACACAAAGCCCUCCACCGCCGCCGCCAGUGUACUAUCCGCCGGUAACACCAAGCCCUCCACCGCCAGCACCGGUUUACUACCCUCCGGUAACACCAAGCCCUCCACCGCCGCCGCCAGUGUACUAUCCGCCGGUAACACCAAGCCCUCCACCGCCACCGCCAGUGUACUAUCCCCCGGUAACACCAAGUCCUCCACCGCCGCCACCAGUUUACUACCCUCCGGUAACACAAAGCCCUCCACCGCCGCCACCAGUUGAAUACCAUCCACCGCCAAGCCCAAAGCACUCUCCGCCACCACCACCAGAGUAUCAUCAAUCACCACCACCAAAGGGAUGCAACGACAGUCCAAGUAAAGACCAUCACUACCAAACACCAACACCACCUUCUCCGCCGCCUCCAUCAUACGACGACACACCUCUUCCACCUAUCCGCGGUGUCUCUUACGCAUCACCUCCUCCACCAUCAAUCCCAUACUACUAAGUUUAUACCAUCACAAUGAUCAUUGAUCAAAUUCUUUUGGCUUCGAACUUAUUUGUGUGUUUUGGUUGAUACGUAACACUCGAGUUAUUAUUUUUUUCCCCCGAUGAAUAUUUUGUUCUUUUAUUUCUUGAUUAAAAACAGAGAAUAUGGAAGUAUAUAGUUUCACUUAUUUUCCUAUUGGUUACCCAUCUUUUUAUAUGUA